AUGACGCCCCUCUACAGCACUGUCACAUCAAUUAAAUUCAUGCCUUACCUUAAGCUUCUCAUUGGUAAAGAUACUGAUUUGGAGGCUUAUCUUCUCAAAAAAGGAGCAAGUGUCAACGCUCUUUCUCUGAAUCGUCUCACACCUCUUCAUUAUGCGUGUGGUGUUGGCUGUGAACCCCUUGUGGAGGUUCUUCUUGAGAAUGGAGCUUUCAUUGAUCCUCCUAGUGAGUACCUAGGUACACCUCUCAAUGCGGCUUGUCUCUUCAAUCAUCCUUCGUGUGUUGAGCUCCUCCUACUCAAAGGAGCACACACCGAGUUCAAAAACCAUCGAGGGCAUACUCCUCUUUUGACAGCAUUGGUUAAUAAAUCCUUGGCUUGUAUGGAGCAUCUUUUGGCAUGGGGCGUUGAUACAGAUGCUAGAGACUUUGCUGGAGCUACAGCUCUCCAUUUUUCAUGUAGGAGUGGGGAUGAUUUGACGUUUUUAAAGGUUCUGGUUGAACAUGGGGCUAAUGUGAAUGCUCCAAAUCACAAUGCAGACAAUCCUCUUCAUUUGGUUCUCCUAUUGGCCGGUGCUGAUACAGAGAUCACUAAUGGUGUUGGGGAUACACCUCUGCACAAUGCUGUGGAAACUUUGAAAACAAGUGUGGAGACUCAAUGUGCUAUAACACAGCGGUUGCUCUUUGCUGAUGUUGAUACCUCUGUGGAAAAUUAUCUUGGAAUGACAGCAUUUGAUGUCGCCGUUUAUGCUGAAGUGAAGGAUCUUUUAGGUAGUCCUGCCACUCCCGGAGAAAAAGACGAGGAUGAUGGCUUUGCUAUAGAAGAAGGUGCUGGUGAGUUUAGCUAUACAGAAAAGCCACAUAAGGAUAACAUAUCAGAGCGGAUGCUUGGAUGGCAUCUUACUAGUGGGAAAGGGAAGGAGAUUGGACACUCUUGA